AUGCGAUUUUCAUUCUUCUCUCUCGUCUUUCUUGUCUCAUACUUUGCGAAGGGUGAUUUUAUACUUCCUCAGCCAACGAGUCAUAUUACUACUGGAUUUCCAACUCAGAUAUCCUGGUCUACCGAUCCAGUCACUGGCCCAGUCUCUUUAUUUCUUGUUCCAGCAGGGGUGCAGGAUGCUAGCACUUCUAUAUCUGCUAUUGGGACUCAAAUUCCAAAUGAUGGGAUGUAUCAAUGGGUUCCACGCGACACGCUAACUACAGCGGAGUCAUAUUUCUCUAUACUCAUGGUCGAUUCCAAGAAUAUUCAAACAGUAUCCGGUACCUUUCUCAUAGUUGGUCUACAAUCUUUUCAACCGGGUGGUGAACUUCGUAGAAGAGUCAAUAGCAGUAUAAAAUCGUCAGAUAGUGGCAAGAAUGAAGGAUACAAAAAAUCCAAUUCAACGGAAACGAAAACAGUAAAGUCAGAGAGUAAAGAACAACCUUCGAAGUCUGUGGUCCUGGAGACUGGUUUGUCUGCUUGCAGUGCUGUAGUCACAAAGACCAAAUAUCUGUAUUUUGGUGCUACGAACGUGGCUAAUACCAAGACGAAAAGCUCAAAUGGAUCGAAAUCAAGCGGCACUUUGACACCUUUGGCUUUUUACCUCGAUAGACAGUCUACAGAUAUCUCCGGCUCGUCUGAGCUUAUGAGCUUGGGUUCCAAAAAGUCUUCCGCGUCUAACAGCACAUCCAGCUCGAAGUCGACGUACCAAUAUUCUAGUUUGAAACAUAACUAUGGCUUAAAUUCUUCAUCUUUGUCUUCAUCCUCUGAAGCAGACUUCAAGAAAAGCCAUGACUCACAAUCCUCGUCUGAUUCUAGCUCCAAGAAAGGCUCUGGCUCGAAACACUCAGCAACUAAUUCCAACUCGAAAGGCAACUCCGGCUCAGAGUUCUCAUCUUCUAGAUAUGAAUUAAAGGGAACCAAAGAUUCAUCAGGCUAUGAAUCUGGGUCUAAAGAGAGCAAUGAAUAUGGACAUGGACAUGGACACGGACACGGAUCUAUCUCUAAUUCUAACUUCGGUCAUGAAUCCAACUCUACGUUGGAACAUACCUCUACGCAAACUGAUUGUACAUUGGUAACUUCCACAACUAUCAUAUAUGUGUCGUCUAGUAGAAAUACUCACACUCAAGAGACCGAGACAUCCAACAUCGAUAAAACCACCUUGAUACAUACUAACACAAUCAUCAGCACCGCCUCCGAAUCCCUCUUCUCCAUCUCCAUCUCCACGACUCUGGCAUCGACCUCCACACUAGCCGCCUCAACUAUUUCCCUCGCUCAUAUAUCCACAAUAUCAACAAGUAUGGUUCAAACCACCAAAGUCCCUCAUGCCUCCGAGACUUCUCAAAUCUCAAGUCUCGCAACUCCCGAGCCUAUUCAAUCCAUUCCCCUCUUCUCCGUCUUGAUUAGCAUUCCCUCACUUACCCCAAUCACUACAUCUCCACCCCCCGUACUCAUACCCCCAGAAACCACAUCUAUAGCCAGCUUUUCCGGUAUAACCGGUAUAACCAGUAUACAAAGCACAACAACCACAAAAGCCACACCCAGCACACCACCACCAAACCCAUCCAACACAAACUCACUCACCCCACCCCCAUCCCUCUCCCCUCAAACCACAAGCUCAUCCGAAAUCCAGACCUCUCUUCCCCCCGUAACACUCACAACCCUCUCGAGCUCAACCACUUCAUCUGCAGUAUACAAUCUCACGAUUCAGAGUGCGACAGGAACUGCGCUGCCUGUUUUUACUGGGGGUGUGGGUUUGCGUUAUGCGGGUUCGAGGGAGGGAUGGGUGAUGUGGGUGGGGGUGGGGGUUGCGGGGUGGAUUUUGUGA